AUGACACGUCCUACAAAACCAUCAAUUGUAUUAGGAAAUUUCAGAAUAACAAUCACAGGAGAUCGUCAUGUUGGGAAACAUACUUUUAUUCAAUCUUUGUUUGGUGUGACAUCAGUUAGCAGAGUGCUUCUAGAUGAACCACCAAUCCUCCUUCCUAUUAUCAAUCAACUUGAUAACCAUAUCAAAUGGAACAAUACUAUAAAUAAUGUUGAUGUCAAGUUUAAACUUAAGGUAGUAGUUUUAAAAGAAGAGAGAUUCAAAUUACAUAGUCAAGUUUCAAUUUAUAGACAAGCAAGAAUAGUAUUUAUCUUGUUUGAUGUAACUGAUCAACAAUCUUUUGAAAAUCUAAAAGGUUGGCAUGGUGAGACACAAAGAUAUUGUUGGGAGAUGGUUGAAGUGGUGUUUAUUGGUACAAAAAGAGAUUUGGUUAAUCAAAGAAAGGUAACAAGAGAACAGGCAAAUGAUUUUGCACUUGGUCUUGGUUGUUCCUACUUUGAAGUUGGUCAAGACGAUGAUACUUGUAUCGAUAGAAUAUCAAAAUAUAUUCGAAACAUAAUAUUUAAACAAAUUACAACUAUACAUUUAGAUUUAAAUGUACAAGUUGCUCGAGGAAUAGGAAUUCGAAACAUUUCAUUUUGGUGUACCAAUCGAUAUUUCAAUGUUUUGAAAUACUAUAAAACAAAGUCACUACCAAUACAAAUAACCAAUAUUGCUAAACUAUCAUCGUUUCUUAGAAUGCCAGGCAACUUGGAGUUGCUACAAUAUAUUGUUGAAAAGAUUGAUCGUUUGUAUCAAAAUGAAAAAUGUCAAAUAGUGGAUGAAGUCAUUAUUGGAGGUGAUUUAUCAAAGGUUCAAUACCUUUAUAGUAAGGGAUUUUAUUGGACAUUUGAAGGAUUAUUGAUGGCCAUCGCAUUGGAUCACAUCGAAAUUGUCAAAUUCAUAGUUGAAAUGUCUGGAAAGAUCAUAGAGGGAAAUCGAAAAGAUUUGUCAAACAGACCACCCUUUCUCAACCAAGAUAAUCUAAAAAGAUGUAUUAAAAUGGCCAAAUCAUACAAUAGAAAGGAAAUUGGGAAUAUAAUGUCUUUAAAGAAACAAUAUUCUACAUUGAUUGGUAAACUAGCAAAUUUAUUUUCAACUUCAUAA